AUGGCUGCAUCACCAGAAUUAACAUUAUUAAAUCUUGGAAACUACUUUAUUGAUGAGGAUGUUGGUCAAACUGGAGAUACUGUUUCCUCUCUAUGUGAAGCUGCACUAAUGCUUACAAUAACAGGUAGUGAGAAUAACUUGAUUAAUCUGAUUGCCUUACUGCAUGAUGUAUUGGUAUUCAAAGCAGAAGAAAAGAAGGAUUCUGAUGAGUUUGAUAAUGCUGUAAAAGAACUAGAAUCAAAGAUGGAAAAAUGGGACCAAUCCCUUUUUGGUGAAUUACCUCACUUGCCCUGUUAUGCUGCUGCAAAGGAACAAUUUCAAUGGUUUAUUAUUAGAAGGGAUCUAACAGCAUAUUGUAUAUCUCCUCGAUAUAAUCUUUCUCUUCUACUUCAUCGAGUUUUG